AUGUUGCCAAUAAAGCUACUAAUUUUAAUUUUGGGAUAUCUAUUAUCGCCAACCAUUCAAAAUGAAAUCAUUCCAACGAGAGAUUAUGAAAGCAAGAAUUAUUUCUUGGUUGAAUUAAACACUACAAAUAGUCAGAAACCAUUGAUUGAUUUUAUUAACAAAUAUCAGAAUCAUUAUACUUUUGAACAUCAGUUGCCAAGUUUAGAUAAUUAUUAUGUAUUCAGUAUUGACAAGAAUCAUCCACAUAAUUCAUUCUUGGGGAACCAUAAUUCAAAUGGAUAUAAUUUAAUGAAGAGAGAAGUUGGAUAUGAAGAACAUUAUGAUGAUUUGAUUUCAAGUGUACAAGCUAUACAUAUGUUACCACCUAAGAAACUUUCAAAAAGAAUACCUGUUCCUAUCUAUGAAGAAGAUCUUGAAGAUUUCACAUCAAUUAACCAAAAUGAUGAUCUCAUUGCUCGUGAUGAAAAUAACGAAGCAACGGAUAAAGCCCAUCAGAAAUUAGCUCAGAUUUCUUCUGAAUUAGACAUUCAUGAUCCUGAAUUCGCUGCACAAUGGCAUUUAAUCAAUUUAAAAUACCCUGGACACGAUGUUAAUGCCACUGGACUUUGGUUAGAAGAUAUAUUAGGUCAAGGUAUAGUUACUGCUUUGGUUGAUGAUGGUGUUGAUGCCGAAAGUGAAGAUAUUAAGGAUAAUUUUAAUGCAGAUGGGUCUUGGGAUUUCAAUAACAAUGGUAAGAGUCCAUUACCUAGAUUAUUUGAUGAUUAUCAUGGUACUAGAUGUGCAGGUGAGAUUGCUGCUGUGAAAAAUGAUGUUUGUGGUAUUGGUGUUGCCUGGAAAUCUCAAGUAAGUGGUAUUAGAAUCUUAUCUGGUCCAAUUACAUCUGCAGAUGAAGCAAGUGCCAUGAUUUACGGAUUAGAUCAUAAUGAUAUAUAUUCUUGUUCAUGGGGUCCUACCGAUAAUGGUAGAGUAUUGUCAGAACCAGAGGUCAUUGUUAAGAAAGCCAUGAUUAAAGGUAUUCAGGAAGGUCGUGAUAAAAAAGGUGCCCUUUAUGUGUUUGCUUCUGGUAAUGGGGGUAGAUUUGGUGACUCCUGUAACUUUGAUGGAUAUACCAAUUCUAUUUAUUCAAUUACUGUGGGUGCCAUUGAUCACAAGGGAUUACAUCCAGAAUAUUCCGAAGCCUGUUCUGCCGUUAUGGUUGUUACAUAUUCCUCAGGAUCAAAUGAACAUAUUCAUACUACUGAUAUCAAAAAGAAAUGUUCUGCUACCCAUGGUGGUACUUCAGCUGCUGCUCCAUUAGCCAGUGGUAUUUACUCCUUGGUAUUGUCUGCUAAUCCAGAUUUGACUUGGAGAGAUGUUCAAUAUAUUUCCGUGUUGAGUGCUACUCCAGUAAAUGAAGAUGACGGUAAUUAUCAGGUCACCGCAUUAAACAGAAAAUAUUCUCACAAAUAUGGUUAUGGUAAGACUGAUGCAUACCAAAUGGUUCACUUUGCCAAAAACUGGAAGAAUGUUAAACCUCAAGCCUGGUAUUACAGUGAUGUCACAGAAGUUAAUGAUUCUAUCAAAACUCAAGAGGAUAGUAGUAAAGUUAUCAAGUCUUCAAUUACAGUUACGGAAAAAGAUUUGAAGGUUAUGAAUGUUGAAAGAGUUGAACACAUCACUGUUAAGGUUAACAUUGAAGCUAAUUAUAGAGGAAGAGUUGGUAUGAGAAUUAUAUCUCCAACAGGGGUGAUCAGUGAUUUAGCAGCAUUUAGAAGAAGUGAUGCAUCGGGUAAAGGAUUCCAGAAUUGGACAUUUAUGUCUGUUGCCCAUUGGGGUGAAUCUGGAUUAGGUGAAUGGAAAGUUGAAGUAUUUGCUGAUGAUUCUCAUGGAGAUAAUGUCGUUAUCAAUUUCAAAGAUUGGCAAUUUAGAAUAUUUGGGGAAUCCAUAGAUGCUGAUAAAGCUGAGUUAUAUGACUUGGAAAAAGAUUAUGCUGCUGUUCGAAGAGAAUUAUUAGAGAAAGGUGAUGACAAACCAGAAGAUAAACAGACAACUUCAUCCUCAGAAACAACCAAGGUAGAAACAACUGAGGGCCAAGUUGGUGAAGAAACAUCCAUUGCUAAUGGAGAAACCACAACAUCUCAAGAUAAUUCAACAACUAGCACAGAUAAAUCCAAUGAAACAGGCACACCUGCCACAUCAAGUAAUGUUAAACCAUCUGAAACAGAUUCAGAUAGCGAGGAACAAAACAAAGAAGGAGAUAAUAAACAACAAGAAGAAGAAGGAGAAGAGGAAGACGAAACUGAUGACGGUGAGGAAAGUGAUGAUAAGACAAAAGUUAAAUCAUCUGACCAUACAGGAAUUUAUUUCAUGAGUAUUGCUGUUGUUGGAUUUGUGGCUGUAUUGUUAUUAAUGAAAUUCCACAAGACACCAGGAAGUGGUCGUCGUAGAAGAAGAAGAGAAGAAUAUGAAUUUGAUAUUAUUCCAGGUGAAGACUAUAGUGAUUCUGAUGAAGAAGAUGAUCAAGAUCAUGAUUCGUUUGAUUUAGGAAAUAGAAACGAUCAAAGAUUACAAGGUCAAGGACAAAGAGAAUAUGACAGAAGAGAUGAUGAAGCAAGAGAUAGAUUGUUUGAUGAGUUUAAUGCUGAAAGUUUACCUGAUCAUGAAAGUGAUAUGUUUAAGAUUGGUGAUGAUGAAGAAGAAGAGUUAAACCCAAGUAGUGGAGAACAAAGUAGUGGAAAGGGUCCAGUAGAUAAAUCUCAAACCAAAGUAGAUCAAAAACACGACAGUGAUAUUGAUUCAAAUAAAUAA